AUAAUGUUAAAGAUGUAUGUAGUAUGGAAUCUUGGGAAAUUAAUGGUGGACCAAGGUUUCUGAAAGAAUAGUAAUUAAAAGGAAUCAAUUUUACUUGACGUCUUCGAAUCUUAUAGAGACGUAUGCGGCAUGUGAUAAAGUAUAUACAGUUCCUUUAAAUAUGUCUGAAGCAAGUGAUCUCGACCGUCAAAUUGAGCAACUAAAGAAAUGUGAAAUUAUUAAUGAAUCGGAAGUCAAAGCGUUAUGUGCCAAAGCUCGAGAGAUAUUAGUAGAAGAGAGCAACGUUCAAAGGGUUGACUCUCCAGUUACAGUGUGUGGAGAUAUACAUGGACAGUUUUAUGAUUUGAAGGAAUUGUUCAAAGUGGGAGGUGACGUUCCUGAAACAAAUUACUUAUUUAUGGGAGACUUUGUAGACCGGGGAUUCUACAGUGUUGAAACGUUUCUUCUCCUACUAGCAUUGAAGGUGAGGUAUCCAGAUCGUAUUACACUCAUACGUGGUAAUCAUGAAUCCCGACAAAUCACACAAGUAUAUGGAUUUUAUGAUGAAUGCCUCAGGAAGUAUGGAAGUAUCACUGUGUGGCGGUACUGUACUGAAAUAUUUGAUUAUCUUAGUUUGUCCGCCAUAAUCGAUGGAAAGAUUUUUUGUGUCCAUGGUGGUCUGUCUCCUUCAAUACAAACACUUGACCAAAUUCGUACGAUAGAUAGAAAACAGGAAGUUCCUCAUGAUGGUCCAAUGUGUGACUUACUAUGGUCAGAUCCUGAAGAUACUCAAGGUUGGGGUGUGAGUCCUCGAGGUGCUGGAUAUUUGUUUGGCUCUGAUGUUGUUGCACAGUUCAAUGCAGCUAAUGACAUUGACAUGAUUUGCAGAGCUCAUCAACUUGUAAUGGAAGGUUACAAAUGGCAUUUUAAUGAAACUGUAUUAACAGUUUGGUCAGCACCAAACUAUUGCUACAGAUGUGGUAAUGUAGCAGCUAUUUUGGAAUUAAACGAACAUCUACAAAGAGAUUUCACCAUCUUUGAAGCAGCACCUCAAGAGAGCAGGGGGAUUCCAUCAAAGAAGCCCCAGGCAGAUUAUUUUCUUUGAGGAUCCCAAGGGAAUGCCAGGAUCACUGUACGAAGAAAUUGUAAAUUUUACAUAAAAUGGUUGACCACCACUGGUUUUUAUUAUUUCAGUCAGGGUCAGUGCAGUUGUGGUGAAAUUAAGAAAGAUUUUUAUAGUUGUGUGUACAUUUAAUGACAACUUUAACAGGUGAGAAGUACUGUUCUCAUCCUGUCCUCAUUAUGUUCAUCAGGUCAUUCAGCAUCUUCAUAUUUCAUUUGUGUGUGAGAAUUAGUGUGUUGCAAAUGAAAAGACUGGAACUUGCAAUGCCAUAUAGUAAAAUUGCAAGUAUUUGUGAGUGAAUGAGUAUGUGUUGAAUAGGGAAAAAAUGAAGUUGGCAUAAAAUAAAAGAAGAGGUGUUUCAUUUUCAUAAACUUUUAUGACACUGGUGUUGUUCAUGUUGUCUUCUUACAGUGUUUUGUGCUUUAAAGGAUUAAGAAUUGUAUUCACUUUUACAUUAUCUUCAAAGGCAGUUUAAAAGACCUUAAUAAACUUAUUGUUUUCUUUACAUUCAUGAAACUCAAGUGUCAGUGUGUGUGUAUGUUGUUAUGGCUUUCAGUUUGAUCCAAGUGCUGAUUUAAAUAUUGUAUUAGGAAUAAUUUUGUGUUGGCAAUUAUAAUUCUCCUCUUCCCCA